UGGUUCUCUGUGUGUAGAAUUUCGUAUAGUGAAGAGUGCUGUGAUUGACGAUAUAAUUUAUACAGAUCUGUCUAAUUGUCAACAGCUCCAAAAUGCCAGAAAAUAAAUUGCAGAACGGUCAUAAAUCGCAAAUUAGAGUGUGGUGCGAUGGAUGUUACGACAUGGUACACUUUGGACAUGCGAACUUCCUUCGGCAAGCGAAAGCGUUGGGCGACUACCUAAUAGUGGGUGUACAUACCGACGAGGAAAUAACAAAGCACAAGGGACCCCCCGUGUUUACUGAAGAAGAGCGCUACAAGAUGGUUCGAGGUAUAAAAUGGGUAGAUGAGGUGGUGGAGGGGGCACCUUACGUGACCACACUAGAUACCUUAGAUAAAUAUGACUGUGAUUUUUGUGUGCAUGGUGACGAUAUCACCAUGACCGCGGAUGGUGUGGAUACUUACCACUUGGUCAAAAGUGCGGACAGAUACAGAGAGGUGCAGCGGACGGCGGGUGUUUCCACGACAGACCUAGUUGGCCGCAUGCUACUAUUGACGCGGAACCAUUUCAAACAAGGUCAGUAUGAGUAUCAUGUAGCCAAGGAGCACUCAUCAACGAUGGGUCAAGAUUCCUCUGCUAGGUCCCCGUAUACGGGUUGUUCGCAGUUUCUUCCUACCACGCAGAAGAUCAUUCAGUUUUCGGACGGUAAAUCUCCCAAGCCCGGAGACAGGAUCAUUUACGUGGCGGGCGCUUUUGAUCUAUUCCACGUGGGCCACUUGGAGUUUCUGCAGAAGGCUAGAGAGCAGGUAAGAGGUAACUAUCUCAUCGUGGGCCUGCACACGGAUCCCGUGGUGAAUAGGUACAAACGCUCGAACUUCCCCAUCAUGAACUUACACGAGAGAGUGCUAAGCGUCCUCGCGUGCAAGUACGUUUCCGAGGUGGUCAUAGGGGCCCCCUAUACCGUUACCAAAGACCUGAUGGACCAUUUCAAGGUGGACAUAGUGGUCCACGGGAAGACUCCUAUAAUGGAGGACGAGAACGGGGAGGAUCCUUUCAAGUACCCCAAGGAGAUCGGUAGAUUUAUUACCGUCGAUUCGGGUAACGACAUGACCACCGAAAAGAUAGUCGAAAGGAUAAUAAGGAACAGGCUCGAGUUCGAAAUGAGGAAUACGACGAAGGAGCAGAAGGAGAUCGAGCUGAUAAAGGCGUUGGAGGAGCACCAGAUCAGCGUAUAAUUAUUUUGAUGCGCUGGUCGAAGCAAUCACUGUGACAGGUACAAAAUUUUUUAACUUGUGUAAUACGGAUAAAAGUCUUUUUCGUCUUUUUUUUUGUAUAGUACAAAAAUAUCGGUUCUAUGCCGUAUAAAAUUUUGUUAGUUCGCUUUACAGAGACAAAUUUUAAAUACACUUUGCACCACUAAAAACUGGAUAAAAAUUUCAAAAUUGAUUCCUCUCGAUGCAGGUAAUUUAAUUUGAUGAUCUUUUAUUUUGAAUUAUAGAUUAAUGCCUCAGCAACGAGCUGAGAUAGAAAUUUUUAUUCAAAUUUCGGUUUCCAGCGUGUACAGGGUGGGAGAGAAAAUAUUCUCUCCGAAAUUUGAGGAUCGUCUUUUGUUUUUUGAUUCACCUCGGUGUCUCUGUUAUUAAGAGGGCUCUAUAGCAAAUAAGCAA